AUGUCUAAUUCAGAUGAAAAUAGUCUGAGGGAUAGGCAAAUUGCCCUGAUCAAUAAGAUGUUAAUGUUCAACCAGGACACGUCAGCUUACGAUUUAACGUCGGGAUCUGACUUCCAGGAAGUUGUUUGGAAGGCGCUUGUGCUGGACACCAAAGGGACUGCCAUUGUAUCGUCUAUUUUGAGGGUAAACGAUCUGUUAAAAGGGGGCGUCACUGUUCACAGUCUCAUUCAACAGAAAAGAUCGCCACUACCGGACGUUCCUGUUGUGUAUUUCGUACAACCUACACAGGAAAACAUUGACGUUAUCGUAAAGGACUUGAUCGAGGAUAAAUAUGCGGAGUUUUACGUCAAUUUUACUUCAGUGUUGAACCGGGAGCUUUUAGAAAAUUUCGCCAAGCAGGUCUCUGCGUGUGGUAAGAUUGAUCGCAUCAAGCAGGUGUUUGAUCAAUAUGCGGAGUUUUUUGUCACUGAACCGGAUCUUUUCUCUUUGGAACUCCCCUUAGUGUUUCGCCAAUUGAACGAUCCUAAUAGCACCGAAAACUCGAUUAAUAACUUAUGCGAAACCAUUGCCAAUGGCUUAUACGAUGCCGUCAUGACCGUGAAUUCGAUACCGAUAAUUCGUGCACCAACGGGUGGUUCAGCUGAAAUAGUUGCUCGAAUACUCGAAGGAAAACUCAGAGACUACGUCAUAAAUACCAGGGCUAACUCAGAAUCUGUUUCGCACUCAUUAGAAAGAUUUGUGCUGGUUAUUCUCGAUCGAAACAUCGAUUUGGCAUCGAUGUUUGCACAUUCUUGGAUCUAUCAGAGUUUGGUCUUCGACGUAUUCAAACUUGCUAGAAACACAAUCACUAUUCCCACUAAAACAAAAGAAGGUCUCGAGAUCGAAAAGAAAAUGGAUUUGGAUCCUAAAGAUUUCUUCUGGUCUGCAAACGCACACCUUCCUUUCCCAGAUGCAGUCGAGAAUGUUGAGGCUGCAUUGGCUGCAUACAAGGCCGAAGCAGAAGAGAUUACUAGGAAAACAGGUGUUAACGAAUUAAGUGAUUUGGAUCCAAGCGCCAACAAUGAUACGCUGAAUAUCCAAGAGGCCGUCAACAAAUUACCGGAACUGACCUCGAGGAAGAUUGUCAUCGACACUCAUAUGAGCGUGCUAGCCUCAUUGUUAUCUCAAUUAGAGAGCAGAGGGUUAGACGCAUUUUUCGAAAUAGAGCAAGGGCAGGACUCCCCUAAAUCUCGUCAGCGCUUUUUGGAGAUUUUGAAGGACGGCAAGACAAAUAAUCUCGAAGACAAGCUCAGAACAUUCAUUCUUCUAUAUUUGACGUCUACCACUGACCUGCCUCAAAAUUUUAUCAAAGAGGUCGAGGACUAUUUUAAAAGUCAAGAUUUUGAUAUUCGGGCUCUGACCUACAUCUACAAGUCAAAAGGCCUGAUGAAGAUGUCGGCAUUGUCUUUGCAAAAUAAGUCUUUAGAAAGUGAUGGAAUUGGUAAGAGUAAGUCAUCUGGUACAAAUUCUUCCGUAUUACUUUCUGGCUUGUCGAACAAGCUGUACGGGUUGACAGAGGGAAAGAUACAAGGAGGAGUGGGCUCCUUAAUUUCGGGUAUCAAAAAUUUCCUGCCUGAAAAAAAGACGAUACCUGUGACUAACGUUGUAGAGGCCGUUAUGGAUCCUUUGAACAGCUCUCAGAAAAAUUUGGAAACUACCGACAAUUACCUCUAUUUUGAUCCAAAAAUGGUUCGUGGCUCUCAUAGCAAGAAACCAAAACGUCAAUCUUAUACCAAAUCGAUUGUCUUCGUUGUUGGGGGCGGAAAUUAUCUGGAAUACCAAAAUUUACAGGAAUGGGCUCAUUCCCAGCAGGCUAACACCAAAAAUGUGAUCUACGGCAGUACUGCAAUUGUCACACCAGCGAAUUUCGUGGAUGAAAUGGCGACUUUGCAAUGA